AUGGCCUUGAACAUGGAUUUCAACGCUCUGAAAGCCCGGACCAUGGGGUCUGGUGCUGAUGAAGAAGCAGUGACGGUUGACACACGGGGCCUGAUCUCCAAAGUUCUCGCUCGCUAUUCUGGAAAAUGGACCGUCCUGCGUGAAAUGAUUCAAAACGCUGCCGAUGCUUCCGCGACUAAAGUGACAAUUAAAUUCGAGACUCUCCCCUCCACAACGGUACCAACUCCAUCCUCGACGGAUCCUACGGCCCUCUUGAAGCAUACGAUCUCCAAUCAUACUCUUCGUCGUCUCUUGAUCUCAAAUAACGGUCUCCCGUUCAGUGAAAAGGACUGGGCUAGAUUGAAACGUAUUGCCGAUGGAAACCCGGAUGAAACAAAGAUUGGUGCUUUUGGUGUUGGCUUCUACAGUGUGUUUGAUGACUGUGAAGAACCAUUUGUAUCCUCGGGCAGUCAGGCUAUGGCCUUUUAUUGGAAAGGCAAUGCAUUAUUCACUCGCCGGUUGGACUUGGGUGAAACCCCAUCCCGGGACACGACCUUUGUGUUGGACUAUCGCAACGAUUCUUCCCCAGUUCCGUCCUUGAUGCAGCUGUGCCAGUUUCUAUCGAGCAGCUUGACAUUUGUUGCCUUGGAAGAGAUUGAGCUAUGGCUGGAUGAUCGGAACUUGCUCAAGCUGUCAAAGAAGACAGCACCUGGCGUCAAUGUUCCAAUCCCCAGGGACGUUGAAACAAGAACAAGUGAAGGGUUGAUGAAGGUUGCCAGCAUCACUCAAGAGAUUGCACAGGUUGAUGCGGCUUGGAUGCGAAUUGUGGAGUGGAACCCAAAUGCGAGCAUGUUAAGCUUGGACAACCUUCGGGAUACCACGAGCUCACUCCGCAGCUUCUUCUCCAAGUUCACUGGCCAGAAUGGACCCGACAAGCUUGCACAAUCCCAACAAGUAGAGAAGGUUGACGAGACAGCCAACAUGACUGCGAUGCUAAAGGCUACUGUCUUCCUGCACAUCAACACCGCGUCUAUCCAACCUUCAAUUAGCACUGCUCUCAGCAAAGAACUUGAACGAGCCACGAGGAAACCGCCUCCAAAGAGAGCAACCAUUGCCAUAUUGACGCCGUCUUACGAUGCCAACAUCGCGACGGGCGCAUCCGAGUCGCAAUCGGAGAUCCUGGCCUCCAUUCUCCCCACAAAGGCAGGAAGGAUAUUCAUCGGUUUCCCCACCCAGCAAACCACAGGCCUCAACGCUCAUGUGUCGGCACCAUCAGUUAUUCCUACUGUGGAGCGUGAAAGCAUCGAUCUCAACACUCGUUACAUCAGCAAGUGGAAUCUUGAGAUGCUCCGUGCAGUUGGCGUUGUCUGUCGAAUUGCCUGGUCUGCGGAGAUGAGCACCAUCAAAUCCAAGCUUGCUGCCAAGGUUGGCUCAAAACGUGCUUCAAAGAUUCGAAAAGAGGAUAUUGUGGAUGUCCUCCCUGAGGCUAUCCAUACUGCCAAUCAGUUCGUCUUCCGCGAGUCUACACCCUCUUCCGUUCUGGGACAAACGAUUGAGGAUGCCUUCUGGAUGUGCAACAGGAAUGCAUCUAUCGAGGUACUUUCUACAUGCGGUGUCAUUCCCAGUCAUCAAACCCGCAUUGCUCCCAAGGAUCUCAGUUUCAUGGACUCGAUUCCAGCGUUGCCAGAAGAGCUCGUCCUGAAUGCCAAGGAUUUUGUUCAGAGGUUGACAGACUUUGGUUUAGUUACAGAAAUCACAGUUUCUGAUAUCAAACGUGAAUUGGAGUCGAAUACAUUACGACCCAAUCAGAUCAUGGAGUUUUUGUCAUGGCUUGGUAGCAAGGCUGUUAGUGGACAACUCGACGGCAAGUCUGUGCAGAGUCUACUCCGGGUUGCAGUGGCAAAUGAUGAAGAGAAAGACGGCCAGCCUACACGUUUGAUCGUGUUUGCGGACAUCGCUGGGUUCCUGAACCCCCAUCGCAUCCCAGCUGAUCUCCCCGUGCCACCUUCGGUGAUGCCAUUCCGAUUCACUAGAUCUCUGAGUAAAUCGGAGCUUGAAGCUUUAGGCUGGGGGGAGCUGCAAAUCGUGCCCUGGAUCAGAUGGCUUGUCACGAAUGCCGGCGACGAGAGUCUGCUUGAGAAAGAGCAAAACAUCUUGAAAAGCCCUGCAUUUGCUGGGCAGGUUUUGCCUGUCUUGUCCAAGGGGUGGGAGAUCCUGAGCUCUUCGUCGAGGCAGGCAGUCAUCGAUGUUCUGCAACCGCAAACUGUGAUUCCGACCAAACUCGGGAUGAAGCAGCCGACGCAGACAUAUUUCGCCUCGGUUCGGCUUUUUGAUGAUCUACCUGUCGUCCACGGCCUCAAUGGUGUUAAGGAGAAAUUUUUGGUCUCACUUGGCGUUCGUAAGACCGUUGAGCUUGGUGUUAUCUUCGAUCGGUUGAUCAAUACACCCGAGGCUGUCGAUGCUAAGGGGCCUCCAGCCAGGAGAUGGAACCAUGUGGAUCUCAUCCGCUACCUCACCUCAGUCCGCGAGGACAUUCCUGCCAACGAUAUCCAGAGACUCAAGAACACGAGCAUUUGCACGGCUGAGAAUGACGCUCAGAACAGAGGUACUCGCUAUAAGAUAGCCGAGCUUUAUGAGCCAAAGGAUUCACUCCGUGCAUUGGGCCUACCCAUCAUUGAAUGGCCAGGCAUCUACAACAAUGCGAGCAAUGAAGGCAAGUUCCUUGCCAUGAUGGGAUUGAAGAGCUAUCCAUCCGGGUCCGAACUCAUCCGACUUAUGGUAAUGAGUGAUUCUGAAAAGGAUGCCAGUCGAAAGAACAAGGCAUUGACGUACUUCCUCAAUGAAUACCACACGAACGGAUAUGCCGCAUUUGAUAUCAGUGCCGUCACGGUGCCUUUCCUACCAGUCGAGGGCUCGGAAAGUCUCAGCACGCCAAAGAGAUGCUUUACCGACGAGGGUGCAUCUUUGUUCGGUUUCAACAUUCUGCAAAAGCGUCUCCAUCCGCAUGCUUCAAAACUGGGUGUGAAGCCCCAUCCUCCCAUGUCGGAUUGUCUUCAGACUCUCAUUCGCCAGCCCCCCGCCACUCAAAAGGAUGCCAGAACGAUCUUCAAAUACCUGGCAGGCAGGGUAUCUGACCUGAGUCCACAGGAUGUUGAGCGAGUUGGAAAUGCACCUAUCAUUCCUGUCGCGAUAAACACUCAGUCGGAAAAGGGCCCUCGUACUCGUCUCGUUGCACCCCGGCUUUGCUAUCUUGGCGACGGCGAAGACUACAAAGAUAUCUUUGACUUUGUGGACUUUGGACAGGAAGCGAACCUCUUCCUUAUGGCUGUGGGGUCAAGGAGAGAGCCAACCAAGAAUGAGAUUGCUCGUAUGCUGGUGAAAGAGCCCGCUCGUAUCUCUGCCGCAUUCCAGAGCUCUGACAAGUACUUGAUGCUUCUACGGACUCUUGCCGAGCAUCUCUCCGUGCUGAAGAAGGACCGAGAACUUUUCAGUGAUAUGAAGAGGGCCAAGUUCCUGUUAGCCAGUCGUGAUAUCCCUCCGCAGGCCACAGCUCAGAAUGGCAAAGCUAAGUCUAGUGAGAAGGAUAGCACAGAUGCGGAUGAAGACUUGGAUAUCAGAGAAUGGAAUCUCUCAACAGCAAAGGAAAUCGUUGUUGUAGAUGACUUCCAGAGCUUCAACCUCUUCAAAGAGCAUAUCUUUGCUGCGCCGCAGGAGGAAGCUUUGGAAAAUUUCUACGUCGCUCUGGGAGCAGUUCCCCUGAGCAGCCUCGUUGAAGAACAAGCGCGAUUCGGUGGCGUGGCGGCUGAUCAGAGCUCGGGUGCUAAGUUACACAAAGUGAUUCUCGAGCGUGUACGUCUCUUCUUGCACGAUCAGCCCGCUGAUUCUAUUCAGCAUGGAGCCAGGUGGCUGGAGACUAGUUUUGUGGUGCAAGUGGUGAAUUCGAUCACGUUGACACGUUCACUGAAAGGUCGGAGGGCAUCUCAUACCCAGAAGCGAAGUGCCAUUGUGGCACGAUUGUCUAACAACUGGGGAUUGUGUAUUUGCCCGGGCAAAUAUGAUCUCUACGAGAUCAGUCAAUCACUUGUCCAUUUGAUUCUCAAGCGGCCAAAGCUCCAUUCCACCCUGACCCUGGAGAUGCUGUUGAAGACUGAUCUUCUGGAGCUACGUGCUCGUGGUUACAACGUGGAGCGUAUUCUCCGGCAAAAGGCCCACGAAGCCCGGAUGGCAGAGGAUAAACGCCAAAAGCAGUUGGAGGAGGAGAGACGGGCGUUGAAAGAAAAGGAAGCGGCAUGGGCCGAGGCUCAAGCGCAACGAGCCCAAGAGGAGCAGCCCGAAUCAAAUUCACAGACCCCUAUGCCUGGUGUCUUCCCCGAGUCACCGAAUGCUACAUCCUCGGUGGACCAAACACCUGCUGCACCAACUGGGGCUGCUAUACCCGAGAGAACUCCUCGUGGCUUAUUUGCGAACCUGUCGAAGCGAUUCGGCCUGGACAAGAACCAAUCUUCUUCGAUGCCUGAACAGUCACGCUCCUUGCUCCCGGAGUCUGCUACGCCUCCGCCACCACCACCUUAUUCCGCCGAGGAUCCCAAAAAUAAACGCCCGGAACAGCCGGUAAAUGUCAGUUCCCCACACCGGUUGAACCAGGAACUUCUCUCCGCCGUUCAGGCUUGUCGGCCUCACGGAUCAUCGGAUGUGUACAGUCGGCCCGAGACGAACCAAAUCUCAGAGAGCAAGUCUUACUGCGAUGAGAGACCGAGCCACGAUCUGGAGUUUGUUGCUACUCUCCCCAGCGGGGUGAACGUGUUGUUUGUCCGAACCAUAACCGAUCGAUCUACCUUCCUCGCAAACAACCGAACUGGCAUUAACCUUUUCGCAUCAGUUCUUUUGGACUGCGGUUCCAUCUUCUCAAUGCGUGCCGACAGCUUGAGUAUCUUCUAUGAUCCCGGUGGCAAGACUAUUGCUUUCAACCGGGCGGGCAGCAUCUUCUGCAAUUACUUCUACUUCCAGCAGUUGCAGGAGCAGGCUCUCCUCCAGAGCGCGACCCCCGACCGUACUGACGCAAUUGUCUACUGGUGGGUGAUUCUGUGUCACGAAUUGGCUCACAAUCUUGUGGGUGAUCAUAGCUCUGCGCAUAGCUACUACACCGAGGGCUUUGUGGCUCAAUACUUCCCCAGAGUGGCAGCCAAGCUCGCCACCCUUCCACAGCAGCAGCAACAGCCGCAGCCGCAGUAG